AUGAAGAAACAAAUCUGGAUAGGCUGGUUCACUAGCCAAAUGAGUGAACUGGUUAAGUUAUCAAUAAAGCCAUCAUUAGAAAGCAGUGGAGCGAAAACCGAUACACUUGUUGCAUGCAACAAUUUGAAACAUGAUGAUGCACUUUGUUAUGGCAAUUCUUGGGGAGGAGGUGCUGCCAUCAAAGCUUACUCUUUUUCUGAAAUAACAAAACAGAUCAUUGAUGAAGUUCAGGCACUACGACUUUUGGAGGAAGACCAGAAAAGUUCUUGGGAAACAUCUGAAGAUGGUCAAGUUUGUAGAAAGAUCUACCAAGUCGGCAAGAGAUGGGAGAAGAAGGAUCGGACAGAUAUUGAAGACCUAUGUAAACCUGAGACAACAAUCCCUUGGAAUAAAAGGCCUAUCUUCAUGCGGAGGUCCAAGAGUCUUGCCAAGGAGGCUCAGGAGAUGAGCAAUGAAAACGAUGCCAAAGAGGUCCAUCAUUUAAACUCCAUCAUCACCUAUUUGUUGAAUCAGUAUUUUAGUGAAAUCUUGAUUAAUGAUGCUGAAAUGUUGAAGCUGUUAUUGUUAUUAUGA